UCAGAUUAUUCAUGCAAAAAAUAUAAGAACAGAAAGCAGGGAAAAUAUUUUAAAUGAUACAAAUUCAAGUCACUUGAAUACAAAUGCAAAUUCAAGUCACUUGAAUACAAAUGCAAAUUCAAGUAACUUAAAUACAGGUACAAAUUCAAAUCACUUAAAUAAAAGUUCAAGUGAUUUAAUUAAUGCAGUUGAGAUAAAUAAAAAUGAUCCUAUCCAACGCAAUCCUGUUGAUGAUUGUCAACAAUUAUUUAAAUGGCUGGUGUAUCCUUUGACUGUAAAAGAAUUCUUCGAACGAAAUUGGGAAAAGAAUCCAACAUUUAUACAAAGAGAUAUGUGUAAUUUUUAUAAACUCCUUUUAUCAAUGUCUAUAUUCGAAGAAACAUUGAAAAAUAAUAAUAUUCUAUUUACUAAAAAUCUUGACAUAACGUCCUACUCUAAUGGAGUAAGAGAGACUCAUAAUCCUCCUGGUCGUGCUUAUUCAAGUGUUGUUUGGGACUAUUUUAGAAACAACUGCUCAGUUAGGAUGUUAAAUCCUCAAAUAUUUAUACCCAGGAUACAUGCGUUAAAUGCUACUCUCCAAGAAUUCUUUGGUUGCUUUGUUGGUGCUAAUAUAUAUCUCACGCCACCUAAUAGCCAAGGUUUCGCUCCUCAUUAUGAUGAUGUAGAAGCAUUUAUUUUGCAAGUCGAGGGUAAAAAGAGAUGGAAAUUAUAUAAGCCACUUAAACAAAGUGCACGUUUGACGAGAUAUUCCUCAAAGAAUUUUCAUGAAUCGGAGUUAGGAGAGCUAAUAUUGGAUAAGGUUAUCAACGCUGGAGAUUUGUUGUAUCUACCACGAGGUACCAUCCAUCAAGCAAUGGCUCUCGAUACUUAUAGCUUGCACAUCACAGUAAGCGUAUAUCAGAGAAAUAGUUGGUGCGACUUGCUUGAAAAAGUGCUUCCACAAGCUCUGAAGCAAGCCAGCAAAAAAGAUAUUCGUUUUCGUAAAGGAGUACCGAUGAAUUAUUUAUCAUAUGUCGGUAGUGCAUAUGAUGAAAGUCAGCGCAAAGAUCGUUUCAAGACUAAUGUUAAGAAGUUGAUUACUCUGCUGUUGGAACACAUUGAUGUUGACCAUGCAGCCGAUUUGAUGGCCAAAGGUCACAUCCAUGAUUCUCUGCCUCCUUAUCUCUUUAAGCCGGAACGGAGGUGUUCAAUACUGGAAGCCGGUGACGUCCUGGGCAGUAAUGGACUUGUGAAGCACUAUGGGCAAAUUAGACUUUCAACUGAGAUACGAUUGUUAAGAUUGUAUUCCAUCAGGUUAAUAAAAGAAGCUAAAGUAUAUAAAAUAUAUUACUCUACCGAAAAUUCCAAAGUAUAUCACAAAUAUGAGCCACAAUGUUUAGAAAUUGACAAAGAAUUUGUGCCUGCGAUUAAACAAAUAAUAGCAGCCUAUCCUAACUUUAUAUCUGUGAAGGAACUGCUAAUCGGAAAUGCUGACACAAAGAUUCAAGUAGUGAAAGAUCUUUGGGAAAAAAAUAUAAUUAUAACGAAGAUUCCUCUGAACAGUGUAAGUUUAAAAAAAGACAAAGAAGAACCAAAAUAGAUUUUUUGUUAAGAAGAGAGAAAACCAAACAUAUCCGGACGGAGCAUUUCCAUAAGGAAUAGCUGUAAAGGAUUAAUGAUAAAGGAUGAUGUGGCACACUAGUUAAAUUCGCUCAUUUCGACUUUUUCGUGAGUAUUAUAUACAUUCAUGGUGUUAUGUACAUGGAUAACCACCAUGGUCUUAUAUGAAUGUAACUUUUCUUGUACACAAAGCUAUAUCAUCGUAGUUAUAAAAAAAAAAUAUGAGAUAUAAGCUGAAUGACACCGAGUUGAAAUAAUCUCAUUUGCGUCUGAUUCGAGAGAUUUUCCUUUGCUGCUAAACUUGAACUCCCUUUGUCCUAAUCGACAACGUAUGUUCCGUCCAAGUUAAUUCUUUGGUCCAUGAUACAAAGCUCUUCAUAUAAAUAUCUAUUAAAAUAUGUUAUAUGUAGUUUAUCUAUUUUGAAAAAAAAAUUUUUUUGAUUCUUGCACAAACGGACAAUAGUAAAGUAUUAUAAGUAAAGUAUUAUAAGUAAAAAAUUGUGUAUAAUGGUAUUAGACCGGUAUUCAUAGUCGGUUCUUAUUUCAAAACCGUCUUAAGUAAUGUCAUAACGUC